GUCAGCGCUUCAGCCAGAGCAUAAAUAAUUCAACUUCAAGAAAUGUAGCGGUAACUGUUCUCUUGAGGCAAGAGUCAAGAUAUGCAUCCCUCCACUGUCGGUCUACUGUGCAUCCUCCUUACUACGGUCCGUGCCGCGGACUUCUCUGUUGUAGUCAACGGCACGCCCAGUCAUGCCAUACCAGAGACGUUAUUUGGGGUAAUGUUUGAAGAUAUUAGUCAGAGUGGUGAUGGGGGCAUUUAUGCAGAACUCCUACAAAACCGGGCAUUUCAACAGGUCACGCCGGGUUCUGCUGACUCCCUCAACGCUUGGUCCGCGGUUAAUGGUGCACAAAUUGAAGUUAUUGAUUCAACGACUCCGCUGUCCUCCGCGCUUCCGAACUCCCUGCAGGUCCAGAUCCCUUCAGGCAGCUCCGGACGCGUCGGGGUCGCGAAUUCCGGUUAUUUCGGUAUAAACGUCAAUGAGUCGUGGACGUACAACGCAUCAGUCAACUUCAAAUUUGCGGAAGGAUCUACUUUUACAGGUAGCCUUACGGCAUCCCUUGUCGCCUCGGAUGGCAGCGUACUCGCCUCUUCGUCUCAGGAUGUCUCGGGGUCCAGCGCAACGGAUUGGACGGAAUUUUUCGUGACACUCAAGCCAACGACUAGUGCACGGGACACUAAUAACUCCUUCACUAUCACUGUGGAUGGAGAGUCUGCUGCGGGAGAAACCAUCUUUUUCUCAUUGUUUUCCCUUUUCCCACCCACUUUCAAGGGCAGGCCAAACGGAAUACGAAUUGAUCUUGCCGAAACGCUUGCAGACAUGAAGCCGGCAUUCUUCCGAUUCCCCGGCGGAAACAACCUUGAGGGACAAACCAUUGACGGUCGAUGGAUCUGGAAUAACACUGUUGGACCGCUCGCCAAUCGACCAGGUCGGUUAGGUGACUGGGGCUACAUCAACACCGAUGGGCUUGGUCUCAAAGAGUAUCUCGACUUCAUCGAGGAUAUGGGAAUGCAGUCAAUUAUGGCUGUCUGGGCCGGCUUUUCAUUCGGGGGAACCGUGGCCGAGGAUGACCUUGCUCCAUACAUACAAGCUGCGAUCGACCAGAUUAAUUUCGUAGUUGGCGACCCGGCCAAGAGUGACGCAGCUGCCUUACGUGCAUCGCUUGGUCAUCCGGAACCCUAUGCGCUUAAAUGGGUCGAGAUCGGGAAUGAGGACUUCUUUGCAGCCGAUACAUACGCCACAUAUCGUUGGCCCGAUUUCGUUGGAAACCUCAGUGCAGCCUUUCCGGAUAUUCAGUUCCUUGCAACGACGGAUACAUUCGACCCUGUUCUGACUCCGAACUCGGAACUUUACGACAUACAUGUCUAUCAGACACCUACUUGGUUCUACCAAAACGCCUUUAUUUACGAUGGCUUUGAACGCAAUGGAACGAAAUACUUUGAGGGUGAAUACGCCUCUAUAUCAUCAAACCCGAAUGAUAUCUUUGGAACACCUGCCGAUGGACGUUUCACAUUCCCAGUAAUGUCUGGUUCAGCCGGCGAAGCCGCAUUUAUGACUGGCCUUGAACGGAACGCCGACAUCGUUUUUGCUGCGUCAUACGCACCCGUCCUUCAGAACAUUAAUAAUUUCCAAUGGACCCCGGAUCUGAUCAGCUUUGAUGCUGCGAACGUCGUCCGCUCGACUAGUUAUUACGUUCAACAGCUUUUCGGCCUGUCUAAGGGUACCGAAUACCUUCCGAGUACGCUUCCUCAGAACGGAGGGACGGUGCAUUGGAGUAUAACACGCGAUGUCGACACGUCAACUGUUUUCAUCAAGGUCGCAAAUGCCGGGUCAGACAGUGCGAACGUAAACUUCUCUCUUCCGUUCAACGUUGCGCAAGAGGCAACUUUGACAGUACUUUCCGGCGGUCAAAACGAUAGUAAUACACCUGCGGCUCCGAACACGGUCGUACCGAAGACGUCGAACUUUAAUGGACGCAGAGACCUUACUCUUACUGCGCCGCCGUUUAGCUUGAACGUUGUCAAGUUGACACAACAGAAGUAGUGGCAAGUUGACACAACAGAAGUGGUGGGAAGGGUUUUAGUUCAAUUGAGGGUCUCGUUGACCUGCGUGUCUGUAUAUCUGGACUUGCACGUAUCUGUGCUGUGUAAAACAUGUGUCGGAAAUUCCAUGUCAUUUUAUGUACCAC